AUUUUGAUGAUGUAUUUUAGCGUUAGCUCCUUUCUAAGUUUUAUCCAGUCAUUGGAGUAACGUGUCGAUAUCUCUGUACCGCUAAAAAAAGGCAGUCUGUCAAUUGUUUGUAUUGCAAUUCUGAUUAUUUGGAUCUGCGAUGACUGCACCCUUGAAAGUAUGCAUUGUUGGCUCGGGAAAUUGGGGUUCUGCAAUUGCCAGGAUCAUAGGCAACAAUGUUCAGAACAUGCAGAAGUUUGCGUCCACCAUAAAGAUGUGGGUCUUUGAGGAGACUGUUAAUGGGAGGAAACUGACUGAAGUCAUCAACACAGACCACGAGAAUGUGAAGUACCUGCCAGGAUACAAACUACCAGAAAAUGUGGUAGCUGUCCCCGAGCUGCAGGAGGCUGCGAAGGACGCUGACCUGCUGGUGUUCGUAGUCCCGCACCAGUUCAUCGGAAGGCUCUGCGACCAGAUGGUGGGCUGUGUGUCUCAAAGAGCAGUCGGCAUCUCUCUGAUAAAGGGAAUAGAUGAAGGACCAGAGGGUCUCAAACUGAUUUCUGACAUAAUCCGAGAGAAAAUGGGAAUUGACGUAAGCGUGUUAAUGGGAGCCAAUAUCGCCAAUGAAGUAGCAGCAGAGAAGUUUUGUGAAACCACCAUAGGCAGCAAAAACAUGGCGUAUGGCCUUCUGUUCAAAGAACUCCUGCAGACACCAAAUUUCCGCAUUACCGUGGUGAAUGAUGCAGACACUGUGGAACUUUGCGGAGCGCUAAAGAACAUAGUAGCUGUCGGAGCUGGGUUUUGCGACGGGCUUCGUUGUGGAGACAACACAAAGGCAGCCGUCAUUCGCCUGGGCCUGAUGGAAAUGAUUGCGUUUGCCAAGAUCUUCAGUAAAGAGGGGUCUGUGUCUUCAGCCACCUUUCUGGAGAGCUGCGGCGUCGCUGAUCUCAUCACCACCUGCUACGGAGGACGCAACCGCAGGGUGGCGGAGGCCUUUGCAAAGACAGGGAAGAGUAUUGAGGAGCUCGAGCAGGAGAUUCUGAAUGGCCAGAAGCUCCAGGGACCGCAGACCUCUGCAGAGGUGUAUAACAUUUUGAAACAAAAGGGCCUGGUUGAGAAGUUUCCUCUGUUUACAUCUGUGUAUCAGAUCUGCUAUGAAGGGAAGCCAGUGCAAGAAAUGAUUUCCUGUCUGCAGAGUCACCCUGAACACAUGUGACCUGCCAUCUCGAAUAAUUGCUACAGUUCUAGUGCUGCUCGUACUGUAAAGAAUGUUCAUUAGAAUCAGACAUGUCAUGGCAGUGUUGUGGAAACAGUGAAAUAGGCUACUCAUUCAGAUUUAUUUUUGUUCUGGCAGUGAUAGCUGAGCAUAACAUCCAUAGGUCACAGUAUCCCAGCGUUUUCUAAUAUCUUUUCUUUUUUAUCAGUAUCAUAAGAUAUUUAUACUCUAAUUGACUUUUUAUUUUAAAUUGUGUGACCAGAUUCUGUUAAAUACAGUGUUGUUUGUGUUUUUUAAAACGGUCCUUUUUCACUACAUUGCAAUAUGAGAUUACUAUGAUGUUGAAACAUUAUUUAACAACAAAAAUGCAGCAAGUCACACAAUAGGAGCAGUCAUAAUACUGCUUAGCAAAUAAUAGGACGCUUCCACGACCCACCUCAACUUUCUUAGCUCUGUGUAUUGGACUUGUUAUCUAUAGUUCAGAGGUUACCCCAGACCCCUUUUGAGUCUUUUACAGGGUAGAAAUACCCUACUUACAUAGAUCGAUAGUCAUGUAAGUGUGGGGUUUAGAAAGGAGCAUAAGUGUCAUAUGAAUGGAGGUGCUCAAUAGAUAACAACCAUUAACCAAUGAUUGCACCCUGACAGUUCCACUCCAUAUGUGCCCAAUAAAGCACACAAAAAAUAUCAGAAUCUUUUACUGUUUGUUUCUGGAAUCAUGACAAAAGCAUUAACAGCACAGUCAAGGACAAUGGGCCAGCUGCCUCUCUUCUCAGAGUAGAGAAGAGCAAACCACUAACCUUCAAAAUCAUUAGCUUAUUUCCUGAAUGAAUCAAAGUUACAGACGCGCUAUAUUUUAUGUGCUUGUCUUUGAAUGUUCUCAUCACCAGUUUCCAGGUUUUUUAAAUUCUUUCGUCAGACGCUCUGGUUUCUUCGAUCAUCAGCGAUACCCAAGAAGCUUUUUACAGCAUACCCUAUACCAGUGUCAUUAUGAACAGCUGUGAAUUUAAAAGUCUGGUGAAUAAAUAGCUGAUUAGAAGGAAGAAUCAGGGAAGGUGAAACACGUUUUUCUUCUGUGCUAGACUUGUAUUUGGACCCCCAAGAAAAACCAGGUUGCUGAAGGAAGUGGUCAUACUGUAGUAGCUUAUUAUGGGGUGCUCUUCUUAAAUCGAUGCUCAAUCAAUUCCUCAGUGUGGUGGUAGGGCUGUCUGUGUUACCGGAGCUGUUAUCCUUCAGAUGAGGGGUUUAACUAAGGUGAAGUCUAUGUCAAGGAAAUUACAGAUGUUAACCGUUGCUAAUUCAGGUCAAUAAACUCUUGGUUGGCUUCCACCAUAUUAAUUUAUUCUCAUAUACAAGCCUCAUGUUCCCCAGUCCACAACUGUUACUGAGAGCCUGUUCUCAAUUGGUUGUGCCAUCUCAAACAAAGCAUUUUAUUAUGCCCUGUCCAGACUACCUGGUGAUAAUGCACAAUCAACACAUGUUGAAACCGUGUGAUUGUCAUUUUUCCAGUCACAAUCGCGUUCCGUAAUGAUUCUGGAUGAUAUAGGUCGUGUGAAUAUUAGUUGAUGGCCAAAAUGUCAUUAUUAACAUUUAAAAUGUCACACUUUGGCCUUCUGGAAGUUUUUAAUCUGCAGUUGAAGCAACAGGCUUUGUAGUUUUCUAAUUUCAUCUUCUGUGGGCUUUAGCACCGAAAUCGCACCCUCCCUUGUUUGCUCUCCAAUAAAGUAGGUCGCCGACUCUGGCCCCACGAACCAUCCUUUCACCUACUCGACGGCAUACAAAAACCCUACGUGAUGAACCAAAGAUUUCAAAUUUUGAUUCAUC